AUGGCCAGUUUAGCUGUUGGAAUUGGAGUUCCAAUAUUAUUAUUUUAUGUUUACGGUGUAGUUCCAGUAUCUCUAUGUCGCUCAGGUGGCUGCGGAGUUACUACAUCCUCAAAUGGAGUACAUUUUGAUUUUGAUGAAGAGCACAGUGCUCCUAAGACAGUUAAUAUUGAUUACUUCACAACCCCUGAUGGUGAUACUGUUAGUCAUGGUGCUGAAAUUGGUAAUCCUUCCAUUGGAGAACCGUCAUUCUGGAGUGAAUGGGAAGCUAUGUCUGCAUUAGGAAGAGAUGUUGAUCAAGAAUCAGCAAGUACUGUUGCAUUAGCUGGAAGUUUAUUAGCUCAAAAAGUUGACAAUAGUGAGACGGCGUCAAUGCGUUCUGGCAAUAAAAUGUCGGGUGAUGUAGGUGACGAGACCCAAUCACAAUCACAACAGCCCCUCAAUUUGUCUCUAAGUUCAUUAGAAGAGUUGACUGCCGGCCUGAUGCGACGUGUAUUGGGAAAUAGUGAUGAAACUGAUACUCCAGCAACCUCAAUUAGAUCACGUGCCACUACUGAAGUGCGUUUUGGCAAUACAGUCAGCAUUAUUUCUCCUCCAGUGAUGGAAUCUCAUCAACAUUUUUUACCUCUCAGAGGGUUUGUAAGAAAUUUGCUGUGUAGAACGUCAAGUGAACUGCCAACCAGCUCAUAA